UUCGAGAGGAUUAGCAUCAUGGUGAUCCUGCUCAACUGUGUGACACUGGGCAUGUACCAGCCCUGUGAGAACAUCGACUGCACCUCGGACCGCUGCCAGAUACUGCAGGCCUUCGAUGCAUUCAUCUACAUCUUCUUUGCAUUGGAGAUGGUGGUAAAGAUGGUGGCUCUGGGGAUUUUUGGCAGUCGUUGUUACCUGGGAGACACCUGGAACAGACUGGACUUCUUCAUAGUCAUGGCUGGGAUGGUGGAGUACUCCCUGGACCUGCAGAACAUCAACCUCUCAGCCAUCCGGACAGUCCGAGUCCUGCGGCCCCUCAAAGCCAUCAACAGAGUGCCAAGUAUGCGUAUCCUGGUCAACCUGCUGCUGGACACACUACCCAUGCUGGGCAACGUGCUGCUGCUCUGCUUCUUCGUCUUCUUCAUCUUCGGCAUCAUCGGUGUGCAGCUUUGGGCGGGGCUACUGAGAAACCGCUGCUACCUUGAGGAGAACUUCACCCUCUCUUCAGGCAUGACUCUUCCUCCUCCGUACUACCAGCCAGAGGAGGAUGACGAGCGCCCCUUCAUCUGCUCCCUGCCUUCUGACAAUGGCAUCAUGUCAUGUUCCGACGUGCCGGCGAGGCGCGAAGGAGGACGCACAUGCUGUCUGGACAAGGAGGACGCGCUCCACAGACAGGCUCUGGGCCUGAGUCCUGAGCCCAUGAUGAACGGUAGCGGGGCUGGUGAGGCACUGGGUCUGUGCAUUAACUGGAACCAGUAUUACACUCGAUGCCACACUGGGAACAGCAACCCCCACAAAGGUGCCAUCAACUUUGACAACAUUGUGUACGCCUGGAUCGUCAUUUUUCAGGUGAUCACUCUGGAGGGCUGGGUGGAGAUCAUGUAUUAUGUAAUGGAUGCCCACUCCUUCUACAACUUCAUCUACUUUAUUUUGCUCAUCAUCAUCGGAUCAUUCUUCAUGAUCAACCUGUGCCUGGUCGUCAUCGCCACCCAGUUCUCUGAGACCAAACAGCGGGAGCACCAGCUGAUGCAGGAGCAGAGGGCUCAGUGCCUGUCCUCCUCCACCCUGGCCAGCAUGGCGGAGCCAGGGGACUGCUACGAGGAGAUCUUCCAGCUGGUCUGCCACGUCCUCAGAAAAGCUAAGAGGAGAACGGCGGCUCUCUACUACACCCUGAGGGGCAAACCUCCUCCAGCUGGAGGCCGGGGGAACAGGCGUGGUGGGGGGCAUGUGAGCGGAGAGCACCAUCACUCCAGGCACCCGAGAUUAACCCACUGUCCACACCAGAGCAGGCAAGAGCACUGCUCCCAGCCACUCGCCAACUCCAUCAGUCUGUCCGUCCCCCAGAGUCCCGAAGACUGCCCGAUUUGUGCGUUAUCACUGAAAGACGGGGCGAGGGCCGCAGGGGACUCGGUUAACGGGGAGGACGGUGAGGAGGAUGUGGUAAAAGAGAGCAGCAAAGAGGAGAACCAUCUAGAAGAGAGGGGAGAUGGAGAGAAGAAGAGGAGGAGGACUUGCUUUGGACAUUGUAGAGACAUGUGGAACGAUAUGAGGAGGAAACUGUGGGGCAUCGUGGAAAGCAAAUACUUCAGUAGAGGAAUAAUGAUCGCUAUUCUCAUCAACACUAUCAGUAUGGGCAUCGAGCAUCACAACCAGCCUGAAGAGUUGACGAACGUCCUGGAGAUCUGCAACAUCGUCUUCACCAGCAUGUUCACCCUGGAGAUGAUCCUGAAGCUGACUGCUUUUGGCUUCUUCGAGUACCUGAGGAACCCCUACAACAUCUUCGAUGGGAUCAUUGUCAUCAUCAGUGUUUGUGAGAUCAUUGGCCAGGCAGACGGUGGCCUGUCAGUGCUCAGGACCUUCAGACUGCUGAGGGUCAUUAAACUGGUGAGGUUCAUGCCGGCGCUGAGGCGACAGCUGGUGGUGCUGAUGAAGACGAUGGACAACGUGGCCACGUUCUGUAUGCUGCUCAUGCUCUUCAUCUUCAUCUUCAGUAUCCUAGGGAUGCACAUCUUUGGUUGUAAGUUCAGUCUGAAGACAGAGGCAGGAGACACUGUGCCUGACAGGAAGAACUUUGACUCCCUGCUGUGGGCCAUCGUCACUGUCUUUCAGAUUCUGACUCAGGAGGACUGGAACUGGGUGCUGUACAACGGCAUGGCGUCCACAUCGCCAUUUGCAGCGCUCUACUUUGUUGCUCUGAUGACAUUUGGAAACUACGUGCUCUUCAAUUUACUGGUUGCCAUCUUGGUUGAAGGUUUCCAAGCUGAGGGUGAUGCAAAUCGCUCCUACUCUGACGACGACAGGUCUUCCUGUAAUUUUGAGGAGAAUGAUAAGCAGAAAGACUCUCUACAUCUCUCAGACCCAAAGAUCUGUACCCUAACCCCUAACGGACACCUGGACUUGCCUGCUCUGCCACCUACUCUGUUUCAAGGAGAGAGGUUAACUUAUCCUCUCGGCUCCAGGAAGAACAGUGUUAUUUCUCUUGGUAGGGCCAACCUGGAGCAGCGGACUGUGUAUCCAGGCCGAAGUUUUCACAGUUGGGGCCGUCCUCUGCCGCCCCAGCCUCAGGCUCUCUGGGCCCGUCGAUCCAGCUGGAACAGCCUGGGAGGGUGCCGCCCCUGCUCCUCCUCGUCUCCCACAGCUAGCCCAGUCUUUACCCCAUCCUCUGCGCGGCGUUUUUAUGGCUACGGCCUUGGAGCUCUUGGAGGAGUGGUCGGAGGAAGCUUACGCAUCCGUGGUCCCCGUGCCUCAUCGUCCCCACGCCGCCACCUACACCACGACCCCCCUGAUGAGGAGGAGUCUCUGCUCUCUCCUCCUGCUGCAGCUCCUCGCUCUCUUCACCUUCCUCAUCCUGUGCUUCCAGGACCCUUCGUACCGCGAAGGGACCGCAGAGCUCUGUCUUUAGAGCUGCCUCACCUGCUGCAGGUCCCAGGACCGCCGCACCCUCCACCCCCACCACACCACCUGCUGCCCCCCAUGACGCUCCAUGCUCCCCACAGGAAGAAGAGCUUCUCUGGGGGGGUGGUUAUUAGUGGGGGUGGUGGGCUCGACAGUCUGGGCGGUUUAACAGGGGUUCAUCAAGACUGUAACGGGAAGACCCCUCUAUCUCUCCUCCAGCCUUCGUCUAGAAACCAGACAGAGCAGGCAGGAGGAGUGAACCCCCAAAGCCAGCUAAUGACAGACGUCUUCCCCCAAGUUAACACCCGCAGCAAGAACCAGGAGGACCUGGACGAUGACAUUGAAUAUAGCUUGUGCUUCCGAAUCCAGAAGAUGUUAGAGGCGUACAGACCGGACUGGUGUGAGACCAGAGAGGACUGGUCAGUGUUCCUUUUCUCCCCAGAAAACAAGUUCAGACAGAUGUGUCAGUCAAUCAUCGCCCAUAAGCUGUUUGACUACGUGGUUCUGGCCUUCAUCUUCUCCAACUGCAUCACUGUGGCUCUGGAGAGGCCCAAGAUUCUCCAGGGAAGCCUGGAAAGAGUCUUCCUCACCAUCUCCAACUACAUCUUUACUGCCAUCUUUGUGGGGGAGAUGACACUCAAGGUGGUUUCUAUGGGUCUGUAUAUGGGGGAACAGGCCUAUCUGCGGAGUAGCUGGAACAUUCUGGAUGGCUUUCUGGUUUUUGUGUCUUUGGUUGAUAUUGUCGUGUCCAUGGCGGGCGGGGCGAAGAUCCUGGGUGUGCUGAGAGUACUGAGGCUGCUCAGAACACUGCGUCCCCUCAGGGUUAUCAGCAGAGCUCCAGGUCUGAAACUGGUGGUGGAGACCCUCAUCACGUCCCUGAAACCUAUCGGCAAUAUCGUCCUCAUCUGUUGUGCAUUCUUCAUCAUCUUUGGCAUUCUUGGUGUACAGCUUUUUAAAGGGAAGUUCUUCUACUGCUUUGGCCACGACGUGAAAAACAUCACUAACAAAUCUGACUGUCUGCAAGCCAACUACAAGUGGGUCCACCAUAAAUACAACUUUGACAACCUGGGACAGGCUCUGAUGUCUCUGUUUGUACUCGCCUCAAAGGACGGCUGGGUCAACAUCAUGUAUCACGGCCUGGAUGCUGUGGGUGUGGACCAACAGCCGGUGAUCAACAACAACCCCUGGAUGCUGCUGUAUUUCAUCUCCUUCCUUCUCAUCGUUAGCUUCUUCGUCCUCAACAUGUUUGUCGGCGUGGUGGUGGAGAACUUCCACAAAUGCCGACAGCACCAGGAGGUGGAGGAGGCCAAAAGGAGGGAGGAGAAGCGACAGCGGCGCAUGGAGAAGAAGAGGAGAAAAGCCCAGAAGCUGCCGUACUAUUCCAGCUAUGGCCCAGUACGCCUGUGGAUCCACACACUGUGCACAAACCACUACCUGGACCUCAUCAUCACCUUCAUCAUCUGCAUCAACGUCAUCACCAUGUCCUUAGAGCACUACAAUCAACCUCACUCUCUGGAUCUCGCCCUGAAGUACUGCAACUAUUUCUUCACCUCCACUUUUGUGCUGGAGUCAGUACUCAAACUCAUCGCCUUCGGCUUUCGCCGCUUCUUCAAGGACAGGUGGAACCAGUUGGACCUGGCCAUUGUGCUUCUGUCAGUGAUGGGCAUCACCCUGGAGGAGAUCGAGAUCAGCGCUGCCCUCCCCAUCAACCCCACAAUCAUCAGGAUCAUGAGAGUGCUGAGGAUAGCCCGAGUGCUGAAGCUGCUGAAGAUGGCAACAGGAAUGAGAGCCCUUCUGGAUACGGUGGUUCAAGCCCUGCCUCAGGUGGGUAACCUGGGCCUGCUCUUCAUGCUGCUGUUUUUCAUCUACGCCGCCUUAGGAGUAGAGCUUUUUGGAGAACUUGUUUGCAAUGAAGACUACCCAUGUGAGGGUAUGAGUCGUCACGCUACUUUUGAGAACUUUGGCAUGGCCUUCCUUACUUUGUUUCAAGUCUCCACGGGCGACAACUGGAAUGGCAUAAUGAAGGACACAUUGCGGGAGUGUCCACCAGACCACGGCACCGAUGUGGACUACGCCUGCAAUCCAAGCCUUCAGUUUAUCUCGCCCAUGUACUUUGUCUCCUUCGUGCUCACCGCCCAGUUCGUGCUCAUCAAUGUGGUGGUGGCCGUGCUGAUGAAGCACCUGGACGACUCCAACAAGGAGGCCCAAGAGGAGGCGGAGAUGGAUGCAGAAAUUGAGCUGGAGCUGGCCCAGGGCACCCUCUGUUGCAUGGGCGCCCCCGGCUGCGGGGGUGUGAAGCCAGAGAAAGGACUGGUCGUUGCUGGAUCGGGGCCUGGAGGCCCAGCGGGGGGGAAGGACAGAGGAGACAAGGAGGAAGGAGUGAGGAAGAUUCGACAUGGCGCAGCCACCGCUCACCCAGGGGGGUACAAUUCGCGUGAAUCCAGUCUGUACUCACCAGCACAAGAGAGCCAGUGGCUGGACAGUGUAUCUCUCCUCAUCAAGGAUACGUUGGAGGGUGAGAUGCUGAUGAUCGACAACCUCUCCGGUUCGGUCUUCCACCACUACUCCUCUCCUCCACCCGUCUGCAAAGACUGCAAGGGCCACCCACUAGAGCAGAUCAGGAUGGCAGAGAUUGAGCAGGCAUCGUUGAAGUCAGAGCAGAUUUCGGACAAGUCCUCUUCCCCAGCCCUGCCAGACGACCUCAGCCUGGAUGAACAUACAGCCUACCAGCUGCUGGCACGAGAGUGCAAGGGGAGGUGCAGCAGUGAUUCCCGCAGCUCUGAGGAGGCCGGAGGUGGAGGAGGUCAUGCAGGAGGCCACCACACACAGAUGGUGGUGCAGAGUCAGGUGCAGGGGUUGGGCCAUCCCUGCCUGGCCCUCAGCGUUGGCAUUGAGAUGGAGCCUUCACAACAGGAGAUGGAGAUGCAAAUACACCAACCAUGCUCGCCACACUGUAGCCCAGAAUUCUUCCACCCCACUGCUGCAGCCAUCCCAGCACCUCCCCGCAGUCGGAGCCUUCGGUUGACAAGAGGCCUUAGGCUGACCUCCCCGGCCUCCUGGGCCUCGCUCCGUUCCCCAGGAGUCCACAGCAAGAUGCUCUGUACACAGUACCCCUCCCACAGUGACUCAUCCCUGGCCACAGGCAGCUCUGAGGGCAGCCUGCAGACCACCCUGGAGGAAGGACUGAGCUUCAGCAUCUCUCCACCACAGAACUUGGAGUUGCCUUUGCCGACAGCUCCUCUUCCCCUGGUGUGCCCCCUCCCACUGCCUGAGGACAGCACAGACAUUUCCUCUCCGGUUCAGACUCUGAGACCAAGGCCAAGCCCUUCAUCAGCGCUUACCCUCCAGGCCACUAAGGGGCACCAGCGGAGCCAGAGCAGUGGGAGAGGAAGCACCAGCCCGGGCUACACCCGCGAUGACUCCAUCGACCCUUCGGAUGAGGACCUGGGCAUAGUCAUUGGAUCAUCCAUUGGUGGUUGUGGUUCCAGCCAAGCAGGGAACAGUGAACACUUAUCAGAAACACUGAGCAGCCUGUCGCUGACAUCGCUGCUGUCCCCCAGCUCCCUGGUGUAUCCCGGGGCAGCAGUGAAGAAGUGCAACAGCACAGGCAGCUUGGACCAGGGGGGUUUGCUUCUGUCAUCCCGCUGCAGGGAGGGCCGAAGGGAGAUCUUAGGCCUUGAGCUGAUGGACCCCCAAGGCCUCUUGGCCAACCCCUGGACGGGGGUUUUAGUCGAUACAAGAAGAGGAGAAGGAAGAGGGGAAUUGGGAGAUGGUGAGCAGGGAUUCAAGGGGAAGAGCUCAAGCCAAACAACAGUAGGGCCAUGUAGGAAGAACAGAUGAAACCUGCUGUUUGCAUUGCUUUGUCUCUCCAUUCCUUGGAUCUAAUCCCAUCGCUGUCCCUCUCACUCUCUCUGCUCCCAUCGUGAGAGAAAGGCUUGACGACACAUGAUGUCCAGAACCAAACCCUCAUCUUGCACCCUUUACCCCUUCUAUAGAUUUGUGACAAGCCCAUGCCCAAUUUUGCGCUACCCAGAGUAACCGUUUUGGUUUGAGCCUGCUGGUGAAGGAGUGGCUUGCAGAGUUGGAGCCUAAGGGCUGAAAUCAGUCCUUAAAUCACCUUAGGGGCUGUCUCUGAAGAGAAUAUUGUGGAAGGUUUUGCUUAUUUUUGAAAAACGGGAGGGGCAUUUAUAUGGGGAGUCAGUUGGAGCGGAGACAAAAGAGCUUAACCUCAAAGACACAGAAAGACUUUGCUCAGCAGUAGUUUCCUUUUCUCUGUGUUGGCAUGGGUUGAAGUGCAAAAAUAGAAGUACCAAACUGAAAUAGCUAUUCAAACGAACAGAGACUGUUUGAUGCGUUUUUCACUCAGAGGCAGUGCAGAGAGCAAGUGGGAGGAAGCUAAAGAGAUGGCAGAACAUAUCAAGGCGGAAGGAAGGCUCGGGAAGGAGAAGGCAGGUGAUUUGUUUGGCUGAACGAGCAGAAGCGGAUCUAAUGUCCAUCUGUUCUGGCAGACGGAAACAACAGGUCCCACUCACUCUGGCACAGGACCUUCUGCUGAGUUCAGAGUGAAACGCGAGGUGGAGGAGAGUUCAAGAGUGUGUGCUCUGUGUGUGCUUUUGUGUGUGAGAGCACUGCCUCAGGAAUCCAAGGCAUGAAUUAAAUCACUCUCAUCACUUCACCAUACCUCUGUGUUUGGCUGCAUGGUGGUAGGUACGGUGGCCCUGAGGGUCAACUGCAGAAACACUUCCCUUAAGGCAAAAAUAUUUCACAAAACUUAAAAAUUAGAGAUGCACCAGAUAUAAGUAGUAGGGCUGGCAUUGAUGAAUAAGUGGAUUUCCAACACAGAUGGUUCUUUACAUGACUUUGUUUGGUGCAUGGGUCCUACAAUACCAAAUUUUCUCGAAUGUUUGACCAUGAAAACCAAUCACAGUUUGUCCAAUGGGUGAUACUGGUUUAUGCCGCUGUAUUUGCUGAUGGGCCUGUGUUUGUCAAUAGGCCAGAUAAUAGCCAAUUUUCGUUAUUUCAUGAAAUAUAAACAGACAACCUGAGAUGAUACUGGUGUUCAAAUUACAAGCCUGCCCUACAACGUUUCCACCAUAUCUGACCACAAAAUAUAGAUCAGAUUUGUCCAAGAAGCCACUACCUCAGCCCCCAAAAGUCUCUUUUUAUUCAGGAGUUUCAUUUAUUAGCUGUUAGCAUUAAAUAGCAGAUAAACAUCAGCUAUGACAUUGGUUCAUGCACAUCAUAAACAGGACCGAUAUCGGCCGAUACUGACAAAUGCAUCCCAGAAAAAAAAAUAAUUAAAACAAUGCAAAAAUAUUUAACAAAAAUUGAGAUGUACCAAUUUUUAAAUGCAGGAUGGACACUGAUGUUUGAAAUACCAAUCAAGCCAAUUAUCAAUACAGUGUUUUUGCAUCACAUAUUUGGUGUAAGGGUCUUACAAUGCCAACAUUUUCUCUCAUAUUUGAAACCAUGAAAACCAAUCUUAGUUUGUUUAAUUAGCACCUCUGAUUGAUUCAGCAGUUUGGUGUACAAGAUGACAGCAUUGAAUUCAUUGUGCCCAAUCUUUCUGAUGCUGCUACUGACACCAGCUUAUUUAACGAUCAGCCGAUCUUUGUUACCAGGGCAGGUAUCGGCUGAUGUCAGACCAAUGCAUCCCUGGUUAAAAAAAAAAAAAAUUUCAUACAACACAAAAAAUUUGUAUACUUAAAUACUUAAUUAAAUAUAAAAUAUUUAUUCAGCAAAAAACACCAACUGCUAAAUGUUUAAAACAGUUUUUUCAGUCAGUUUCCAUGACAGAUACCAAUGCUGUUUAUUUUUCAUUAUUGUUUUUUUUGUUGUUGUUGUUGUUGUUUUUGCAGACUAUUUGUUCUCACAACACCAACUUUUUCUUUCAUGUUUGACCAUAAAAAUCAAUUAUAGUAUGUCCAAUUAAAAAAAAAAUCAUUAAGCAUCAAGGAAUACAAUAUGACAGCAUUAAAUUAUUUGGAUACAACAGAGUAGCUGUUGACACUGGCUGAAUAAUUUUUAGAUUAAGUUAAAUGUAAAUCACACUUGUAUUUAGCUGAUGAGCAUUAAGAAAAGAAAACACUCAAAGUCAGAAAUGAGCAAUGUUUAUUUUAGUCACAGUAGCAGUUGCUAGCACUGCUAGCCUACAGUUAUCUUUGCAGGCUAACGUUCGAUUCCUUUCCUGGAUGUCAUGACUCAGUGUUUUGGUUAAAUGUGAGUAUAACCUGACACAGCUUAUUUACAACUUUAUUCCCAGCAGUGCUAAACUGAGCUGUUCCUGUGGGAUGCUAUCGGUGCUAUCAAUUCAACAUUGUUUACAUCAGAUUAAGAAGCGUCUUGGCAGCAUGGCAGUGGUAUAAAGCACAGCUACAAGGCCAACUAGUGGCAGGAAGUUGCCUUACAGUUAAAACACAGCAUUAGAUCGUGAUUGUGGGCUUAACCUGACAAAAAAUGUAUUAAUAAUUAGUUUGAAGUGAUUCUGGUGCUAACUAGGGAUCCCACUUUAACCAUGAAGCCAGAUCAUUUCUCUAUCAUUUUCUUUUUCAUUUUCAUUUUCAUUUUCUCUAAAUGAAACAAUAUUUCUUAAAAGUGAAAAACAUUUCCUAAAAACAAAACUGUCUUUGUUGAAAUUUUUUACUUUGAUGUUGUUUUUGUCAAUAUUUUUUUUGUGUUUGGUGAUGAUUUUUGCAUUCAGUGACAUCUUUUUGCAGUUACCCUUCAGGGCCACCAUAGUGUAGGUAUUUAUUGAUCUAAGCCUUGAUCCUCAGUCAAUUUUGGCCUGAGCAUCAGCGGAAAUUGAAAAGAAAUUGACAGAUCACAGAGGUAUGACUGCAUGAAGCGAUUUGUGGAAUUGUUUUUAUUUCUAUCUCCAGCAUCUCUCACUUGCUCAAAAAUGAAAAGAGGAGAAGGAAACAGCUCUGCAGGAUGGAACUGUCCAAACCCCAUCACUAGAACAAUAACGUGGGGCAGCCUUGUGUGCAACAAAUAAUGUUUCACAUCUUCUUCAUAACGUGAGACUGAAGCACACUCUUUCCUCUGACCAUGCUUUAGGAUCUGAGACGAACGGACCGAUGCACAAGAGCUGCGAUGGACUUGACUGCAUGAAGGAAUUGCAUUUAACCAAGAUUUUUAUAUAUAUACAGAAGUGUAUCAAGAUGUCAAUGUUGGGUGAUAACGUGAUUUCUAUUCCACUAUUUUUCUAGAAAAAGAGAAUAGGCACGUGCAAGUGUUGCCGUUACUUUGUCUCCGUUUCAUUUAACCCAUACAGACUCUACGACUUGUUGUCUAGGACUCUUUUGUCUGCCAGUGGCUUCCAGUUUUAUAACAUUUUUUAAGGUGUGGACCAUGUAUAAAACAAAGAUGCAAAAAAUUUCAAAUGAACUUUGUGCGCUGAAGUGUUUGUUCCCUCCAGCACAUUUCUCUUUGGGAACACUGGUUCCUCCUUUAUUUAUUUUUUUAUUUCUAAUGUUGGAGUCCCAGAGGACAACCAGAGAUGGGAACAGCCAUAUCCACUCAGCACAUGGGGAUUGUUUGCUGGCUGCACACGGGGAGCUUUGUUUGCUUUCAGCCACCUAUGCUGAACAAACCAUGAGUAGUGUUAACCAUCUCUAUAAAAGCUUUAAUUUGAGAGUUAAACCACAACAUAUCGACGCUUUAGGGUUCCUCAAGCAUGGUUCUAGGAUUGCAAUACAGAAUGCUUCUUCUUGAAAUGCACUCAUCUUCUCUUCCCUGUCUCCUCACACAUACAGUUUGUUGUAGCAACCCUCCACACACCAUGGUUUGAUAUCAAAGCCUGACACUGUAACGCUGAUCCAAACUUUGCAUCAUUUAGUGCAGACUCAUUCUGGCCUGUACCACUUAAUGUACCACACCAUCCAAAAAGGAGAUGCUCUGCUUUAAGCCUGAUUUCUAGUAGGGGUGUCCCUGACAGGAUUUACAAAAUAGAAGCUGAUUGGUCAGAUUUUGCCUUUAGCUGGCUGAACAUCAAACAUCUUUGUUUUGAGCUCAUUGAUCCGUAUUCUUAUCUGCAAAAUGAGAGAUAAACCACAUAACUAAACUGUUUGUCUUCUAGACUUGGAAUAAAAUUUUUUCCCUCCUUUUCCCAUUUAAAAAGUCUGCAUUAUGGUGACUUUCUGUUAUUACACAUGCCCACUUACAAUUCAUAAAGAUUUAAAGCUUCAAGUAAAAAAGAAACAGAGUACUGAGUUACAAACUUUAAUGCAGACAAGAAAACUUGACAAUCAAAUGACAGAAACUUAGAUAAGUCUGUGAUAAGUCAAACACACAGGCUGAAUAGAGGAUUGGUGUAGCCUGAGAAAUGUCACUCAUUUGUUACUAAAGCUUUCCUUUGAAGCCAGUUUGUGGCACAUUGAAAAUGCAUCCUCAAACUAACUUUGGGUUUACCUAGAAAUAGACUAAGGGGCAGAGCUGAAGAAAGUCUCAAGCCUCAGGCCUCUGGCUAAACAGAAACUCAUGUUCUUUGAUCUGGACUCAGCCAAAGCAAUGCCAGUCCUGACCCUUUCUGGGAGAAAACAUUCCACCUAAAUGAAUGGCAAUUAAUUAAUUAAUCUCUUAAGCCGUUCUCAGAAUUCCGCUCAUGACCUUAUAUGAGGAAUUAUCCGCAAUUUCCACAUAGGACAACUGCACCACGGGUUUGCGACCGAAGGACCAACCGAAGGAGAACGACCUCAUCCACUGGAAGUGAGUCUAGAGCGCUGCACCGCGAUUGACGCGGUUUGGCAGUGGCCAGCGCUGAAAAUAGACCUGCAGCGUAUCUCGAACAAAGUGGAGCGAAGUGUCGGUCCUGGCAUGCCCCGCUGCCGGUCUGGAGUGCAGUACCAUUCGCUGGCAGUUCCCGGCCCAUUCACUGUAUGUGGAAAUUGGAGGUGAGGCAGGGAGUGAAGCUGCAGUAAAGCCCAGAGCAGAGCAGGCAUAAAUGACAGCAGAAUGACAUAACGUCAGAAGAAGGAUAAAGGAGAAGCUGGGGUGAAGGAGGGUUGCAAAAAGCAGCCUGCAAAGGCCAGGCUAGAGUGGUUUAAAUAUGGCAGCAUAUGAUUAGUCAAUAGCAAGCCUACAAUAAAUCAGAUGGCCGUCAGCUGAUCCCAGUUAUAUAGCAGCCCUUGACUUCCUGGCCAUUUAUUUUAAACCAGGCUGCAAACAUCUUUAUUUGUACUGUAGAAAGUGGCAUGUUAGUAUGGGAUCUGUAUGUGACUUCUGCAGACUUUCUCAAGUGGGCAUUCAAGGAGCUGCAGAUCGAGUUGAUUCAUUUCUCAACACUGGAGGAGGCUGCUUGGAGACAAACACCAAAGUGGCAUACUGAAACACUGAAAAAAAUAUUCAAAUAGCACAGAAGCUUACACAUUCAUCAGAUUAUUAUCCCUUUAUUUUACUGUGAAUUCCUGGAACUGUGGUUUAAAGUGAAAGCAAGAAAGGCUUGAUGAGUUAAACGAUUCCCACAGAUUUAAAUCAACUUUUCUGACACAAACUGCAGAACAAAAGCAACACAAUAAAAAAAAGCACAGCAACAUUUUUGGAUCAUCUAAACAAUGUACCAGACAAAUAUAAAUUAAGUAAUAAAAUUUAGCUGAGAGGCAUCAUGUUUAAUUAUGUGGUUUAUCUCUUGUGCUGUAAUGGAAAUUGAGCUGUUUUCAUAAUUAAGUAUUAAUAAUUUGAUAUUUAAACAAAGAUAGGCUAUGAGUCAUGAUUUAUUUGGAGAAAUCAGUCCCGUCUCUGUAAAAUUAGACACUGAACACCCCCAUACAGCUGGAAUGGAACGAUCCUUGUUCCACAAGCAGGCUCUUCUAAAUGAAUCGUCAAAUAUUUGACUAUCUAGGGUCUCUCUCACUUUUAGAGGUAGACUGUUGUUACCCUAAUUGUUACCUGUUUGUAUGAAUUUCUGAAAAAGAAAAUGGUGAUGAGAGAAAAUCCAGUCUGACCUUUUUUAUCAUGCAAAAUCACUUUGAUGACUAUGUUUUAUCACAUGGUGUCGGGUAUUAAUGAGUGAUCGUAAAGGCAGUCGUGAGCGUGUGUGUGUGUUUAUGACUACAGGAGAAGUCAUCGCCUUUUCCUGAAGCGUCCUGUUUGUCAGCGAUGAAGAUUAAAGGUUAAAGAGAGAAAACAUGAAGCACCUAAGGGCUGUUUUAGCUUCAAGGAUGUGUCCUGUCGUUCUGAGACGAAUCCUUUUGUCAGUGAAAAUGGCAUCAAAGGUUAAGGCCUGACUACGCAGCAAUAAAUGUUCUUUGUGUAUGCCCUGAGUAAAUGAUGUCAAUGUGAUUUUUAUCUCCUUAAACAGUAUCCAUGACUGUCAGUGUGUCUAAUCAGAUCACAUCGCACCUCGGCCCUCUCAGAGACCAAUCAGCAGAGAGAUGGGCUGCAAAUGAGCGACAUGAACUAAUGAGGUUAUUGAACUCAGGUCGGGGGUAAAAACCACUAGUAAAAUUUUAAAGAUAGCUGUAAAGAUGUGCUCAGACUGAACUCGGAGUGAGCUUCCAGCUCACUUCAUUCGCACAGAUUAAGACUGCUGGGGUGUUUUUACUCUGCAGACAGUAGAUCCACCUGCAGUCCAGAUGUUCACUCUGACUACCUAACAAUGCACCACCUGUGAGUGUGAGCAGCGCGUGCCUUUGUACAGGAUGUGUGUGUGUGCUAUCACCUUGGCUCAACUGAUUUUAAAACUUGUUAGGAGAUCCAGUAGUCUCCUUUUGACUCCUUUUAAUUUCUCCUUCUCUGUGAAUUCAUGAAGCAGCCUGGAAAAAUCACACAUUGUUUGGCUGAAGUUUUAUGAUUAUAACAUGAUCAGACAUGUUGGGAACACAUCACUAUAAGGCAGGGGUUCUCAACCUUUUCAGCCUGUGACCCCCAAAAUAAAGGUGCCAGAGACCGGGGACCCCCACUGUACCUGAAGGUGGCUGAAUAGUCAUGUAGAGACAAGGAUGUCCAUAAGGGGGAUAAAGGGGAGAGCUUUCUGGGGCCCAGCCAAACUGGGGGCCCAUGGAGGUCAACAAAAUCAUGGUCUAUUGUAAAGUUAAGCUGGGAUAUCUAUAUUUUAUAUUUAACCUG